CUGCCAGAUUCAAACACGGAAGUUUUAGUCUGACGUGAAAUGCCACGGCUGUCCUUACGCGGUGCAAUAGAUUCACUUUCCUUGGAUUUUAUGGCUAUGUUUUGAGAAAGCCACGCGUGUAAGAGACUACACAAAGCGUGCAAAACGCACAUUUUGUUUUGGAGAAGGGUACACGAACAGCUGUAGGCACUGACGGAGCGCAACGGGCUCCAGCGGGACUCCGACCUAAUGGCAUCCGGCGAGCAGAUGCCUGUGAGCGGCCCGGUGCAGGGAGGGGGCCUGGGUCAGAGCUCCUCUCCUCGGGGCAACACGGAGCAAUUGACCUCGUCCGCGCUCAAUCGUAUGCUGAUGGAGUUCCUCGCAUACUUUGGGAGAGCGUUAGUGGUCUUCUAUCCCGUCUAUCUGACAGGAUACCUGGGCCUGAGCAUCAGCUGGGUCCUGCUGUUCAUGAUGAUGGUCUCCUGGUGGAGGAAAAAUCGCCAGUGGAAAGACGCCCGGAUCGGAGGCGCCAUUGACUUUGUGGAUAAUGAAACUCAAGUGAUCCACAAGGAGCUGAGCAGCACUUUAAACAUGGCAUCAUGGGUGCACUUCACUGAAGUUGAGAAAGUUGACUGGGUGAACAAGGUGUUGGAGCAGGCCUGGCCUUUCUUUGGAAUGUACAUGGAGAAACUUCUUAAAGAAAACAUCCAGCCGGUCGUCAGGCUCUCGAGCCCCGCCCUCAAAACCUUUACGUUUAAAAAGGUCCACUUUGGGCACAUUCCUCUCAGGAUCACUGGAAUGAAAGUGUACACCGAUGAAGUGGAUAAGAGGGAAGUGAUUCUGGACCUAAAUGUGAGUUAUGAAGGUGAUGUGGACAUUGACACCGAGGUGAAGCCACCCAUCACAGCUGGUGUCAAAGGACUUCAACUCCAUGGGAACCUGAGGGUGAUUCUGGAGCCUCUCAUUGGUCAAGCUCCACUGGUGGGAGGAGUCACCUUCUUUUUCAUUCGCCGCCCUACCCUGCAAAUCAACUGGACAGGUAUGACUAACCUCUUGGACAGUCCUGCUUUCAGUCAGCUGUCAGAGGAUGCCAUCAUGGACAUCAUUGCCUCCCUCAUGGUGCUGCCCAACCGCAUGUGUAUUCCCCUCAUUGACCAGGUCAAAGUGGACCUGAUGAGAUUCCCACUGCCUCGUGGGGUUGUAAGAGUCCACCUGCUGGAGGCCAGAGACCUGAUGGCCAAGGACACCUACAUGAUGGGCAUGGUGAAGGGCAAGUCAGACCCGUACGCAGUGCUCAGAGUUGGCAACCGACAGUUCAAAAGCAAGACAAUCAAAGAGAAUCUGAACCCACGAUGGAACGAAGUAUAUGAGUUUGUCGUUCAUGAAGCCCCAGGACAAGAGUUGGAGAUGGAGCUGUUUGACGAGGACACAGACAAAGACGACUUGCUCGGGAGGUUCAACCUUGAUUUUGGCGAGGUGAAGAGAGAGAAAGAGAUGGAUCAGUGGUUUCCUCUGGAAGAUGCACAGAGUGGAAAGGUUCAUAUGAAGCUCCAGUGGCUUUCCCUGCAGACUGACCACAACAUGCUGAAGCAGUCCACCGAUGGCUGUGCUUGUGCUAUGCUUGCUGUGUACCUGGACAAUGCCUCAAACCUACCAAAAGACCAAAGUGACUUCACCCAUGCUCAGAAACAUGGGAAGCACCCGAAGGAAGCCAGGCUCACACGAAAAACCCCCAAUCCUAACACAUUUGUGGAAUUCUCCAUCGAUGACCAAGUUCAGAAAAGCAAGGUUAUUUAUGCAUCUAAAGACCCAGUGUGGGAGGAGGGCUUCACCUUUUUUGUGCAUGAUGUCGAAAACCAGCAGCUCAGGGUUCAGGUCAAAGAGCAUGAGAAGAAGACUGUCCUGGGUGUCCUCACCUUGCCUCUGAGUCGUCUGCUCAACACCUCCAACAUGAUGCUAGAUCAGCGCUUCCUGCUGGAGCUGUCUGGAGCAAACAGCCAGAUCAAGAUGAAGAGCACUCUCAGGAUUCUUAAUGCGGAAAAGCCCCAACCCAAGAUCAUCCUUGAUCCAUCUCCACAAUCCACAUCACUUCAGACACUGCAGACCAACCAGGGAAGUGACACGUCCCCAGCUACUCACUCCUCCUCGUCCCCCAACACCAUCCCGGGGCAAGCGUCAUCUCUGGCCCCAGCAGCUGAUGGCAGUAACGGUUUUGACAGGGACUAUGAACCCUACCGUCGUAGCUCCCUCCUGGCUUCUGAGGGCCGACGGACGCCUGCUGCCACACCACACAUGCGUCGCUUCGACUCCCACAGUUUGCUGUCAGAGAACUCCAUUGCAUCAUCGCGGUUUGAUGUCUCAGAAGCAAGCCCCUACCCAGAGGCCAUCAUGAACCAUCAGGGUUCAUUUGGGGAAAUCCAGCUGACCAUGCGCUACGCCGUCCUGAGGAACAAGCUCAUCGUCCUGGUCAACUCCUGCAGGAACCUCUUCCCCUGCAGUGAGAACGGCUCCGAUUCCUAUGUCCGCCUCUACUUACUCCCUGACCAAUCCUGGAGACACCGCAUGAGGACACAUGUCAAAAAGAGGACGGUCAAUCCAGUUUUCAAUGAAAAGUUUGAGUUUGAUGUGUCCCUUGAAGAAGCAGGAACCCGCAAAUUGGAUGUUGCUGUGAAAAACAACAAGAUGUUCCACACACGGGAGAGAAAGGAGAUUGGCAUGGUGCUGAUAAAUCUUUCCCAGGUGGACCUAUCCAAAGGCAUCACAGAAUGGUAUGAGCUCACACUGCCCGGGCUGAAGAAAUCCAACUAGCUGAUGCAGCUAUAUAUAUAUAAAAAAAGUUGGUUCGUGUGUGCAUCUGCUGCAACAUCCGACACUGCUGUGCAACAUACAGGUCAUGGAGAGUGAGAUAUCUGUCUUGCUCAUCAUCACGGACCACGGCACGGCUUUCCAGCAGUGACACAGAUUUGUCCAGUUGACUAGCAAGUUAAUAAAUACAAACGGUGGCAUCUUUGCUUUGGUAACACCCAGUUCAGACACCUGGCAUUGUUGGGUGCUAUGGCCACAAAUUCCAAACAGCAAGGGUGUUUUUGUGCAUCUUUAAGAUCCCACUUAAGGAUAUUCAAAUAUACAUUAUUAAACAAAAUACACAAUGCUCGUGAGCUUGAGCAGACCAUAUAUUAACAACUGGAAGUGGAAUAGCAUUUAUACAUGCUUUAGUAUCCCAGAUAAUGUUGAUAUUACCUAUGUACCAUAUGUGAUUUCUUAUGUGGAAAGCAGAUUAUUUGGGAUAUUGUGAGUGGAAUGUUUACAUGUACAAACACCCACAUACUUCUAUACACACAGAAUAGCCAAGUAUCAUGAAUUAUAAUGAUAGUGGUUUCAAUACAGUUUGACCAAGAGAAAAAAAAAAAGUCAGUAUCGCCAACACCUUAAAAUUUAUUUCUCACAGAAAAAAUAAAAUGCAAUUCAUCAGAAAACA